GAUGCUGCGUCGCAGUUGUUGUUGCCUUGACGUAACGGCCGGCAACAGAAUGAAAUCGAAUUUAUUUAUGGCUCGGAAGUCAAUUGAUUUUAAUGGCCGCUGCCGUAUUAGGUAAAAUUCAAUGUUCAUUAAGCCCAAAGUGUUGUGCUGGCGACAAAUCGAUAACAGCGAAGUGACUGGAAAUGCUGAUCAUUCGGUUUUGAGUGCUCACGUGUGUAGGGUGUCUGGAGAACCAAUAGACCUACCCUAUUCACCUUGAUUUGUUUGUAUUUGACUUUGAAAAUAAAAGUGCUAGUGUCAUAGACCGCAUUAUAAAUUCGCAAUUAUCUAAGAGCGAUUUCUGUGUAAAUACAGCCCGGGCACUUCGUAGUGAUAACUUGGGAUCCGCCGAGACCAAGAUUAGAUUGAGGGCACGUCGACGACCAUGGUCUGAUAGCCCAGAUUGCCCGUGAAUCUAGGCAAUAUAUUGAGCUUCACCUGUCCGCCUGUCCAGAUGCAGAAACCCAGCUAACGGCAUCCGAUUCGAGAGCUCUGCGUGAGAUCUCGUGGCGUUACAUCACGUUACGUUUGACAUUACGUCAGUGGCCGUUACUCAAUUACGAAGAUGCAGGAGUGGUUAAAGAUUUCCUGCCUGCUGUGCGUCUUUGGCUUCAUCCGCGAGAUACGUCCCUCGGAACCUUACGUCACGGAGUAUCUGCUGGGUCCCUGGCGGAAUAUCACAGAAACUCAGCUAACCCACGAUGUCUAUCCAGUGGGCACCUAUUCCUACUUGGUGCAGUUGGUCUUUGUUUUUCUAAUAACAGAUUUUCUCAGAUACAAGCCUCUCAUCAUCACUGUUGGAGCCACCGGAGUGAUAAUAUGGAGCAUGCUCAUCUGGACCACCAGUCUGCUGUCCCUGCAGAUCCUAGAGUUCUUCUACGGCACUUAUAUGGCCGCCGAGGUGGCCUACUACACGUAUAUCUACGCAAAAGUGGACAAGAAGUACUAUCCUAGAGUAACCUCACACACCCGAGCGGCCAUGUUUGCAGGCAAACUGGUCUCCGGGGUCACCUCGCAACUGAUGAUCAACCUGGAGCUGAUGAACUACAAGGAGCUCAACUAUAUAACGCUGGCCACUCAAAUAAUUGCCAUGAUUUGGGCCUUUGGCCUCCCCAGCGUGGACAAGAGCCUUUACUUCCAUCGAGAGCCGUUGCCUGAAGGCGAUCCGCAGACGCAGUUGCCCGGAGCAGACAACCUGGAGGUGGAGGUGUCUCAGGAGAGCCCCCAGAAGCAACCUCAUGCACUGGGUCUUCUGUGGCUUCACUUUUGCAACGCCUACACCAAUUCGCGCGUCAUCCAAUGGAGUCUGCUGUACGCCAUCGGACUGACUGGUUACCUUCAGGUCACCUACUACGUGCAGGUUCUGUGGAAGGUGAUCGAACCGGAGCCGCAGAUCGCCUGGAACGGAGCCGUGGACGCUGUCCUGACGGCCUUGGCUGCUUUAGCUGCCCUGGCUGCCGGUUAUCUGCACACUGGACGUCUGAGGCCACGAACAUCUCUCGUAAUCCUGGCCAUUUUGUCCGCCGUGGAGGGCGGCUGUGUGCUGAUCUGCUGCUGGACGAAGGACAUCUACUGGUCCUAUGCGGGAUUCGUGCUGUUCGGCGCUCUCUACGGCUUCACCAUCACGGUGGCCAGUGCGGAGGUGGCCAGGAAUCUGCAGGAGGAAAGCUUCGGCUUGGUCUUUGGCGUCAACACAUUUGUGGCCCUCGUUUUCCAAUCGCUCUUAACCAUGAUCUUUGUCACGGAAACGGGCUUUGAGCUCGACGCUGUGGGUCAGUACACGGCUUAUGCGUUUUACUUUAUAGCCGUGGGCGUGCUAUAUCUAAUAUCCGUGCUGGUUGAGUGCCUCAUGUUCCGCGACACCGAGAGCGAAAAGCUGGAAAAUUCUCUGGAUUGAUUUCCGAAGCAUUUAGGAAGUACUUAAAUUCGCCUGUUGGCCAGCACAACUUGGUUGCUUAAGAGAAAGACAUGUUCCUAUGGAUGAAAUACGAUUAGAUGGUAUUCCCGCGAUGGCUGAUUAUAUUCCCAGAAUAGUUAGGUCACCUAGUUAUCUGCAGUCUGUUGGCCGAUUUCCAAGUAUUUAGUGCAGAUUUCCAUUAAUAGCGUGCACAAUCAGUCUCAAGUGUGUCGAAAUAAAAACAUCAAGCUUUUUUAGAA